AUGCUUAGAUUGAAAUGUGCUGGACAUGUUCCUGAUACUACCCAAGUUCUUCUGCAUAUUGAAGGGGAGAAAGAGAAGGAAGCUGAACUCGAAAACCAUAGUGAGAGGUUGGCUAUUGCUUUUGGCCUCAUAAAUGUGGAAUCAGGGAGUCCCAUUUGCAUUGUUAAGAAUCUACGUGUUUGUAAUGAUUGUCACUCAAUUGCAAAGCACCUCUCUAAAAUCUAUGACCGUGAAAUUAUCGUGAGAGAUAAUAGACGAUUUCAUCACUUCAGAGAUGGGUCAUGUUCUUGCAUGGAUUAUUGGUAAGUGCUGGAAUUGUUGGCUAG